UUUUUUUUUUUUGGUUGGUUGGUUUCCUGUUGCAAUAAGGAACUUGGAUUUGCCAGCCACGCAAGUUUCUCCCCCUUCCCUUUUCGGAGCCUCUCGCCUGGGAGAGAGGCCUCUCGGCCCAGGAGCCCGGCUUGCAAAUGUGAAGACCAAUCUGGCUGAACUAUGGUCCAGGUGGGGCUGUUCCCAGUCUUAGCAGCCACGGUCAUGUCCAUCCUGAUUCAGAUGAAUAUGGUGGAAUGCCUGGGAAUAGCCCCCAACCACAGUAAUGUACGUAGCCGUGGUGUUCUUACCUACAAACAGCCCUUGGUCCGCAGAGACAAGAGGAACGAGCCAUGUCGGCCGGGUUACUACCGCCAUCCAAACCGAACUCAUUGCUGCAUUCUGUGUCACGAAGGCACUUACGUUUCUCAACAUUGUGUGAGUGAAGAUAAGACACCCGCCUGCACGCCGUGCCCGGAGAACUCCUUCAUGAACUCGGCAAAUUCUGCAGGAUCCUGUCGCGGGUGCCAGUUCUGCCGUUCAAGCUUUAAGCAGGUCGUAUCAACCGAGUGCAGCAGCACCCAUGACACAGUCUGCGGCUGUCCCAGAAACCACUAUCGGACUGACGACAGCUCUGAGUUCUUUUGCAAGCCCUGUAGCACCUGUCCUAAUGGAACCGUCGUGAAACCAUGUUCUACGCACAGUGACACGGUCUGCAGGUGUCUCAAGGGGUUUUUUCCCCAGACCAAGGACAACAUCUGUUCCCUAUGCAGCAGCUGCCAAGAGGGAGAGUGCAAAGAGCAGUGUGAGGACACGAAACCAAGCAUAUCAUCCCCGAAUUCCUCACACAUGAAUCUGAUCCUUGGCUGCGUGGUCGCCGGCUUGGCAGCUGUUGUUGUGUUCCUGGUAGCAAAGUCGCUCGUUAAGCAGCCUUUGCGAAAGAAACUGCUCUCUGCUUUCAGCGUGUGCCCCCCAAGGCAGCUGUCCUCGCCAGCUGAUCCUCAGCUACCACAGCCUGAGGUACAAGUGACAGGUGUCCUUCAGGUAUCCAGCCAGGAAGACAAGCUGUUGCUCUCUGCAGCUGUACCUGUAGAACCAAACCCACAAGGACCGCCAGACUGUAUACAAGCUGCAAGAGAGAGACAGGUUCCAGACUGUCCUGCGGUUUUGUAUGCUGUGGUGGAUCACGUACCGUUUUUCCAGUGGAAAGAAUUUGUGCGCCGCCUGGGACUGAGCGACAACGACAUCGGCAGGAUUCAGGUGGAGGAGUGGAACAUGCGAGACGCACAGUAUAAGAUGCUCAGGUUUUGGCGGCUACAGUUGGGCCAACACGCCACGGUAGAACGGAUGAGUAGCGUCCUCAAAGAAAUGGAGCUGAGUGGCUGCAGCGAAGCAAUUCAGGACGUACUGUCGACGCAGGCCUAGCAAGGCCAUGGGAGCGGGAGGAGAACAUGGUUCAACCAUGCAUCCUUUCCCGGCUUGAUGACUGUGGCGUCUCAUACAUGAAUGAGCCAUCUCACAACUUUCCGUUUGUGUUGUGGCACCUUCAGCACAGUGCUGCGUGGUUCCCGUCUCUGGAGUUCUGAUCAAUCACACCAUGGACGUGCAUCUAUGUGGGAAACAGCCGUCGUCACCACCUGUCCGCUUUCCCGACUUGGAUAUUUUAUAUGUCAAAUCUGAAAAGUGAUUAUUUCCGUAA